GCUGUUGUGAUCCCGGAGAGCCAGGCUGAUGGGGAAAGGGGGGGUAGCCAUGGACCCCAGGCCUCCACUCUUCUGCUUAGGGAUUCCUGUGGGCAGCAGGUUGAGCUCUACAGAACACUGGAAUGGAUGGAGCCUCCGGCAGGGCUACUUCCACGGUCUUAAGUAAAAGCUACUAGUCCUCAUGAUCCAGGGGGAGCCGUUUGGACAGCUGUAAAAGGGGACUGGACCAAUUCAUGCAGAAGGCAACCCCGGGCUUCUUGAUGGCUGUGUGUGAGUUCCAGUUUCAGAGGGGGUGCAGCUGUGUGCACCCAUUGCUGGGGGACAUGGGCAGGAGGGUGCUCUGGGAGUCCUGUCCUGCUUGUGGGUCCCGGCUCUUCCGAUGGGCCGAGCAGCAGCUCUCCUGCAGAAUUUCAAGCAGAGAGACGGGUUUCCUACAUCAGCUCCUUUAUGGGCCUUUGACCUGAAGAUCGCCGAGUAACAACCCCUUUCUGUCCGGUCUCCUCUUCCCCGACCCAAAGUGACAAGAGUCCUGCCCGGGUGCGAAAGAACGACAACCGUGCUUAAGCGCUGAAAACAGCUUUACCGAGUCUCUUGGACGGCGACGCACGCGCGCUUUUGAGCUCUGCCAGCUCACCGCUCGCCACCAGAGGGCGGCACAGACCGUGCGCUGUGAGAUGCAGCCGGCCGAGGGGAGCGGGCGUAGGAACCUUUGGAAGCCGGAACCCUAAGAGCGGGUGCGCGUUGCAGGGAGGGAUGUUUGAGUCCGACGUACCUCGCAGCGCUCCCGGAUGUUCCGUCGUUAAAAAGCACCCCGGAUGCGAAAGGGGAUGGUGAGCGAGCAAGGGUGGGAGAGAGGGACUUUGACGAGCAGCGCACCGAGCCCACCCCCGCACACCCCCAGACAGAAAUUGGCUUUGAUACAGAGAGCAACCCUGUUCUGAUUUUGGAGGGCGCCUUGCAGCGGUAUUUACGAAUGAUCCAGGAUGCUGAUUUCUCGGCUGCUGUCUCAGAUAGCAAGGGUUUCAAGAUGCACAGAAAUCUGGCUCUCACUUCCGGCAGAACGCUUCUUGACAAGAUCGGCCACUUCCCUUCCGACGCCUAGACUCGUGGCUUCAGCCCGUUACAGCACCCAGCCCUCGAGCAAAAACGGAAUCCACCCCCAGCAGUGGCAUGCCCUGGACCCUGAACUGGAAGAGGUGCUGGUGCCUCGUAAGCUGUCCGUCUCUCCCCUCGAAAGCUGGUUGACAGUCCAGUAUUCUCUCCUGGAAAGGGCCGUCAAGGCCCCUCCAGAGCCUGCCCAGGAAUAUGAGCUGCCCCCUUGUUCCUGGGGCACGGAGGAGGAAGAGGAGGAGUGGGGAGGUGAGCCGAACCGGGACAGGAUGGAAUGCAAGAACAUUCUGAAGAUCCGGAGGCGGAAAAUGAAUAAGCACAAGUACAAGAAGCUGAUGAAAAGGACAAAAUUCUUGCGAAAGAAGAUCAAGGAUGGGCGACGGAAGAAGAAACAGAAACGGUUUGAACGGGAUCUGGAGCGAAUCUGGAGGAGGGCUGGAUUAAAGAAGGCCCCCGAGGGCUGGGAGACACCAAAGAUCUAUCUCACUAAAGUGAAGCUCAAGUAACAAUGCUUUGGAUGGGUUUUUUUUUUUUUUGCUUUUCAAUUAAAAGAGUAUUUAAAACA